AUGUGUAUAGUUCAAGGGUAUUCAAAUCAUUUACAACAACCUGGUUACUAUUGUCAAGCUAGAAAACAUUUUAGUAAUAUUGAAGAAUCAUGUAGAGAAUCAGCUACAAAAGUUUGGCAAAAAAUGAGUAUUUUACAAAAAUUAGAUAGUUUUACACUUUUUGGUUUAAAUGACAAUUACACCAAAAAAAAAUUAGAACUACGUAGAUUACCUACAUGUCAACCAAAUAAUUGGACUAAUUUUGAAAUUAUGAACCAAUUAUUUUUAUAUUAUUUACAAAGAUGUACACUUAGUAAUAUUAAUUGGUGGUGCAUAUUUCUUAAAUGGGCUCAAAAAAUAAGUGGAAUUAUUGAAAUAUGGUCUACUAUUCGAAAAAUUUAUUCUCCAAAUUAUGAAUUUAAUGAUUGA